UUAUAGAGACUUUCAACCGGAUAGCACCGCGAGUGUAGAACGAGUAGAGAAUUUUCCUUUCCCAUUACGCUUCAUGAAAAUUUUGCCGAGUGAGAAUGAUGACCUAGCGAACAUGUGAAAUGAGGAUUUUAAUUAAAAUCAGAUUGAUUAGCCAUGAUUCUGAGGCUUGUCAGACGGACUGUUGGCCGUAAUAUGCCGUGUGUUGUCCAUUAUUUCUGUCUAUUUCUACCGUUGGCUAUUUGCAUGGUCUCUGUUGUUGACACGGACAGCGGGGGAAAAAAACUGCCCCCUUUUUAUUGGAACUCUAGCAAUCCCCUAUUCAGACAAUCAAACAGCGAGAUAAAUGUCGAACUAGAUGACAGUAUAGAUUUCAGGUGCCCCCUCUAUCCUUCCAGCACGUCAUCUAGCUUGUAUGAAUACUAUAUAGUUUACAUUGUAACAAUGACAGAAUACGACAGAUGUAGACUGAAUAUACCAGUUAAUGCUACAAUGGUGAUCAACUGCUCAGAUCCCAACACAGAGCAAUAUUUCACAAUUCUGAUUCGUCGGUUCCAGGCAGUACCGGGAAUGAUUGACUUUCCACCUGGAAAAUACUACUUUAUGACAACAUCAACAGGAAAUGCCAAUGGCAUGAACAACAAAGUAGAUGGGGCAUGUAGAUCAAGUAACAUGAGGCUAGUGAUGACUGUCUCAACGCCAGGGUCCCACACCCCAUCCUCCACUCAAGCCCCACAGAACAAUAGUGGCUCUGUAAAACCCACUACCACAUCUACUACAACAACCCCUUCCACUCCAAAACCAGUGACAACUUCUCCAUCAAGUACCACUUCCACCACCAUCACCACAACACGAAAACCCACAACCACUACCAUUUCAACAACAACAAAAUUCAAAGAAACACCAGUAGACCCCAGUAAAGAAAAUGUCAUAGAUGCCACAGGAACUGGCAAAAACUCAGGGACAAUAAACAGUGCAUCUAGGACACUUUCCUCCUCAAAAACAUUGCCACUAGGAAUGCUAGUGAUUUUUAUCUUGCUUCUACGAUACUGGUUUGUUAGGAAACUUGACAGUCUGUCAAACAGUGUACAAGUGACCUUUGAACUCUUUGCUGCAAACUUCAUUAAUAAUAUUUUGGCAGAUAUGACGAGUUUUAUUUGGAACGUUAAAAACGGACAAAUAAAUGACGUACAGAAAUUUGUGGAGGAACAGGGAGCUGACGUGGUAAACCAGGCGGUGGAAGGCAGGUGCCCUCUUCACUUUGCAGCAGAUUACGGACAAGCACAAGUUAUUGAAUACCUUGUCAGUAAAGGAGCCAACAUCAAUCAAAAAGACAAGCAUGGCAUCACCCCAUUGUUGGCAGCUGUGUGGGAGGGUCAUGUAUCCAGUGUGGAGACAUUAUUAAAACUAAAUGCUGACAAAACUGUAACAUCUCCAGAUGGACUGUCUCUAUUAGAGUGUGCAGAAAAAGAAGAGGUGAAAGCUCUACUGAAGUGACAAAUCGUUAGUAGGCACUAAUGUGUCGGGAUAAAUCGUUGUGUAGCUGCAGUGUGGCAAAAAUGGAUAUCAUAUAUCGAUUUACUUUCUGUACAUUUUAUAUAGUGCUGUUUUUACUUACAUCGACUUGUACAAUGUACUGUAAUAUAUUUUGCACUACAGUAUAAGGUAUUCAAUGAUUAUAGAUUCUGUUUAAAGAUGGGUGUACCUUUAAGUUAAUAAUGCUUGGACUCGCAUCACAGAUUUAUUUACUAAAAUGAAUGUGAUGUUUUCUGUUUGGAUCUGUUCUCCGUGCUGCAGGACAGAAUUUCAUUUGUAUAGGGAAAGUAUCCACACCAAGUGUGUAGAAAAUGGUGUUCUAAGAGAUGAAUUCUUUAAAAUUAUCUGUGACAGUUUAUACAGCACGUUGAAACAUUAAUCAUAUUCUCACAUUUGAGUUUUAUUUCCAAUUGUUUGUUUUUAUGGGCCAUCCAUUACUGUUCAUAGUAUUUGCACAAGUCCCUUUAUAUUUUCAAUUUUUCUUUAGUUAUUUACUAGUAUACAGCAUUUACUUUACUUCAAGUACAGUAACUCAGUGCAAUAGUGUUUUUUGAAAGUACUGUAGGACUUUGGUAUGUGGUGUUAUCAAGAUAUGAUGUUUAAAAAAAUGUACUUAACAUUGAAAAAUAUUUCUUUUAAAGAAGUAAAAUUUCAUGGUUUUUUUUCUCUUAAAGUGCUUGAAUUGUUUAAUUAAUUUUUCCUCACAGAAAACCAAGCACAACAUGCUGGUACUGAUAUGGGUGCAUGUGAUGUAUUUACUUGCGAGUCUUUCACACGAUAGAAUUGUAUUUAUACAGAAAAUGAGGGUGCACUCUUUUCCGUGAUCUGCUUGGUACACAAAAGUAGAUUUUUGAUAAAAUCAGUAGUGUAUUUGUGGAGUUUAUUACAUGAUAUUCACCUUCAUAUAGUUUGCUACUCAUUAUAAAGGCACAUUCUUGAUGAAUGGGUAGUCUCUUGCAUGCAAAUAAAGAAAUUACAUGUA